UCAUAGAGAUGGGAAGACGAAAGGAAAGGAAGAACCCCCGCGGCCAUGUUGAAAGGGACACACUACAUGCCGGCCAUGUUGAGAAGGUCCAAACACGUAUGUGUUUCUUGCCCACCGUGUUUUCCCAGCCCCAUUUUAUAAUGCAGCCGUUUUCCCUCAUCGCUAUGGUGAGCGAGCGGUUCCUCCAUUUUGGGAAGGUUAAAGGUUACCGUCAUGCUCUCUUUCCAUCGAGUCUCCAGCGUCGCUUGGUCUCUCCGGGGACCCUGGACGCUACGCCAGAGCUGCCCGAAUAGGGAAAACAGAAACGCGGUUAGAUAGGAACCAUCAUAGGAAGGUCAUUUCCGAUUUACGUACGGAUGAGCUAAAGUGUUGCCUAGAUGGCGCCAUGAUGAGGAGGUCAAGCAUAAGGUUUUCUCUAAGGAAGGAUUAAAGCUGCUGCCAUAUUGAGAAGGGCUUUUUGGUUAGCUCUGUAGCAGUCUUCCCAGUACUCCAAGAGGCUACUCCUUUGGCUGUGCACCGAUCCUGCCCAAGCAUGCUUGGCUCCAGCAUCCCAGCCCAGCACGCCCUCCUUUCUCCUUCCUUCACUGACAUUAAGGCAUGAUGAGCCAGGACUGCGUGGACCAUGCAGAGUUUCUGUUAUUCCCUGAUGGUGUUGAUGUUCCUGUUGCUGAAAGGUGCUGAAAACCAUUCGAGUCAAACAGAGCACAACCCUCGGAUUAUUGGCGGGCAACAAGUUUAUGAAGGUGAAUGGCCGUGGCAGGUCAGCAUACGAAGGAACAAAUAUCAUGUGUGUGGCGGAAGCCUAAUUUCAGCCCAGUGGGUGGUGACGGCUGCACAUUGCUUUGUUGCACCAGUAAUUCUACUUGACUACCGGGUUAAUCUGGGGGAGCACGACAUCCCCAGACCUGCGCCCACCAUGGUCUCGAUUGCUGUCAGCCACAUCAUCCUGAAUCCGGAAUACGGUUCCUAUCGGUAUCAUGGCGAUAUUGCCCUGAUGAAGCUGAUGAAGCCAGUGAAGUUCUCCCGAACCAUCUUGCCUGUCUGCCUGCCCAAGACUUCAGACCCUGACAGUUUCCCUGUAGGAAUGUCAUGCUGGGUUACCGGCUGGGGCAGACCUUAUGCAACUGCUCCCUACCUCUCUCGGAUCCUGCAGGAGCUGGAGGUGCCGAUCCUAGAUAGUGAGGAGUGCAACCAAAUGUUCGAGAACAACAGUGUCGUCGGCAGCACUUUUGUACCAAUGGGUCUAGUGCUGAUCUCAGAAAGUAUGAUCUGUGCUGGGUACCCAGAAGGAAAGAGGGAUUCUUGCCAGGGUGACUCCGGGGGACCUCUGGUCUGUUUGCAAAAUGGCACUUGGAUCCUGGCUGGAGUGGUGAGCUUUGGGUUUGGCUGCGCAGAGCCCAACCGACCCGGAGUCUACACCCGGGUCACCGCCUUUGUGGAUUGGAUUCGACACACCAUAGCAGAGGACACAACCCUUGUUGACGAUGCCCAUCUCUUGAGGGCCAAUCCUGUGACCCUCUUGCUUCUGCUCCUUCUCCUUCAAAUAGCUGAUGACCUACACUAGCUCCACCCACUGCACAUCAGGAAAACUGUCCCGCUUCAAUAGGCAAGUGGGUACAACUUGAGCAAGAGCAGGGAGCCGGCAGAGGCUGGUCUUCACAGGCUGACCUUUAAGGAAGGGCCAUUUUUAAAAGCCCUGCAACCACUGGAAAGCGUGUCACCAUCUUGGCCAUCCUGCGUGUUCAAUAGGCAAGGAGCAACAAAGUGUAAUAAAAAAGAAAUGAGUGCAAAUGGAAACAUGAGGAGGAACCCGGAUUUUUAAAUCAACGAAGACCACAUUCUGUGGUGGGGAUGAACUGUGGCUCAGUGGUAGAGUAUUUGCUUUGCAUACAGAAGGUCCUAGGUUCAAUCCCUGGCGUCUCUAGGCAGGGCUGGGAAAGACUCCUCUCUGAAACCAUGAGAAGUCUCUGCCUCAGUAUAAGGCAGCUUUCUCUGUAACAGGGGUGGGCAGGAGGAAGACCAGGAGUUAUUGGUAGAUACCUGGGUGAUCUGCAGUCAUGAGCAUCUGCAGGACUUUUUCCAGCAGGGGAGGGGUAAGCCCCAUUCAUUUCAGUGGGACUGGCUCAAUCCAGAGGGAGCAACUACCUGCCAUGUACCCCACUCCCUAUUUAUUUAUUUUCCCAUAGAUUUACAAACCAUCCUUUGUUUCAAGAUCCUAGAGUGAUUUACAAAAAUAGAAAAACAGCAAAUUUAACUAUUUAUUUUUUACAUUUAUUUCCUGCUCUUCUUCCACGGAGCCCAGAGUAACACGCAUUAUUAUUAUGUUUGUUCUCACAACUGUGAGGUAGGUGAGGCUGAGAGAGAAGUGACUGGCCCAGAGUCACCUGGUGAGUUUCAUGGCUGAAUGGGGGAUUUGAUCUCGGGUCUCGCCCAGUCCUAAUCCAACACUCUAACUGAAAUACAAAAAACACAUUGUAGUGAUCAGCCACUCCUCCCCUGAGGAGUUGGUUGAAAGUGAACCCUGUCCUGACUGACAGGCUGGUGAACUCCAGGGCUCAGCCCAUCAGCACUCUUUUGUUACAAGAAGCUGGCUUGGGGUGUGGAAAGUGUGGCUUUUGGCUUUGGGAAGUUUAGUCUAGCAGAAAGUUGUAGUCAGAUAACAUAACUGAACUAAGUAACAUAACUGAACUAAGAAACACUAGCCUUCGCCCAUCCAACCAGGGCAUUGCAAAAGACUCUGUAUGCUUUUAAAAGUGCUUUUGUAUUUUCCUACAUACCUGUUCCUUGCAACUUGAUCAACCACGGUUUUUCAAGUGUGCUGCCCCAACAUUAUCUGGGGUGCUUUUUGAAGUAUUCUUGUGACCUACUGGGUAUUUUAUACCUGUAACUAAAUGCUGAGAAAGCCUCAGAC